CUGAUGAGCUUCCGAGAGAAGUAUCUCCUCCGGCCUCAAACAUUUAAGAGUAGAAUUUAGACACAGCUGAAGGGUUUAGGGUUUUUUUGUUCUGAGAUUGUUGAAGAUAUUGCAAUGGCGCUCGCAGCUAGCGGAGUUGCGACGGGGAGUUUGUACUGUAAUGCAGAGACGAGCAACUCGUCGAUAUGUAGGGCGUCGGUUGUGUCUAGUCGGUUCGGCAAAUUUUUUAAUUCUCCCCUUAGACCUUCUUCGUGUCAAUACUUUUCGAGUAAUUUAAGUCUUUCGACAUCAGAAAAACGUCGUAAUGCUGUAUCAGCAGUGCCGAUUCUAGCUAAUUUUGUCGAAGACGAUGAGGCGGAGGAGGAGGAGGAAGAGGAGCUUCCGGGUGAGGUUUAUGAGAAGGUAGCGAAGGAUGUCGCUGAAGAGUAUACCCGUGAUUUGUACGAGCAGAUGCGGAGAGAGGACGCAGGCCUCAAAGGGAUGGCCAAGAGAUCACAGAAGCGCUUAGCGAAGGAGGAAUUCUCUUCUGAGCUCAGAAUUCCAGAUGCAUUGUUACCUAAAAUUGCAAUUGUGGGACGUCCGAAUGUGGGGAAAUCCGCGUUGUUCAAUAGAAUUGCAGGCGGGGAUAUUGCAAUUGUGCACGAUGAGGCUGGUGUGACAAGAGAUAGAUUGUACACUCGCGCAUUCUGGAGCACGCAUGAGUUCAUGUUGGUGGACACUGGGGGUGUAUUGACGAUUCCAGGGGAUGGAAGCGAUGCCGUGGCGGUGACAGCGCCUGGAGGCGAGGAGGCCGUAGCGAAAGCCAUUAAGGAAGCCUAUGAUGCAGGAUUGCCCGCAAUGAUCGAGAAACAAGCAGGGGCUGCGGUCUCCAGUGCAGAUUCCAUAAUCUUUGUCGUUGAUGGUCAGGCAGGGUUAACAGCUGCAGACAUUGACAUCGCCAAUUGGCUGCGGAAGAAGCACUCGAAUAAGAAAAUCACUCUCGCUGUGAACAAAUGCGAGUCGCCAACGAAGGGGCAGCUUCAAGUAGCCGAGUUUUGGACACUAGGGUUCACACCAGUUCCUGUGUCUGCCAUCUCAGGAACCGGAACCGGCAACUUACUCGACCUUGUUUGCGAAGGCCUCAAACCAGCAGAAGGAGAGCUCGAAGAGGAAGAGGAUAAGCCCAUGGCAAUCGCCAUUGUCGGAAAACCUAACGUCGGCAAAUCCAGCAUACUGAAUGCGCUUGUAGGGGAGGAGCGCACCAUAGUCAGCCCCGUGAGUGGCACCACCAGAGACGCCAUCGACACGGAAUUCGCAGACGAUAAUGGGCAAACUCUGAAGCUCAUCGACACGGCUGGAAUUCGACGACGAGGCGCGGUAGCAUCAGCUGGAAGCAGAGCAGAAUCCUUAUCCGUCAACCGUGCAUUUCGAGCCAUUCGGCGAUCAGAUGUGGUGGCCCUCGUGAUUGAUGCUUUAGACUGCGUAACAGAACAAGAUUUUAGGUUAGGGGAGAGGAUAGCGAGAGAAGGGAAGGCGUGCAUUAUCGUAGUUAAUAAAUGGGACACUAUUCCGAACAAGGAUGCCAUGAGCACUGUGUGGUAUGAUAAAGACGUGCGAGAACGCUUACGGUGUCUGGAUUGGGCCCCUACUGUCUACUGCUCCGCAAGCAGUGGCCAGAGAAUCAAGAAGAUUCUGGAAAUGGCUGUUGCUGCAGGGGAGGAGAGGCAACGGCGUCUGACCACAGCAACAUUGAACCAGGUGAUACGAGAUGCGGUUGCGUUGAAGCAACCACCCACAGGGCGAGGAGGGAAGAAAGGAAGAAUAUAUUAUUGUACCCAAGCUGGUGUGAAGCCCCCAACAUUUGUGUUUUUUGUGAAUGAUGCAAACUUGUUCCCUGAGAUUUAUCGGCGGUAUAUGGAGAAGCAGCUGAGGCUUAAUGUGGGAUUCCCGGGCACUCCUGUGAGAUUGUUGUGGCGCAGCAAGCAGAAGACUGAUCGGAAGGAGGCUCCCAACCGAGAUGCAUCUUCGUCUCGCUCAUCGUCAUCUGCAGCUGGUAAAGAAACAUCUUCCUCCGCAAAUAUGGUGCCCUUUUCUCAAUAAAGUUGCCCUCUUCGCAUCCCUCUUUCUUUGCUUUU